UACAACCCGCUUCUAUAUCCACGACCUUCACCUUCAAAUGUAAACAUGGCUGCAGUGGGGAGAAACGUGAGAGCGCUUUCAAGUUCGUUAUCCAAUAUCCUAACAUCAAGUGGGGCUCGGAUUCCAGUCCUCGCCAGUCUGCGCCAUCACUCUGAAGAUGGGAAGAAAUCUGGUAGGAAGAAGGGCAAAACCCCUGGUGGGAAACUGGACGACCCAAUGGAAACCUCGGAUGAGCAAAAUAACCCAGUUCUGGAGAAGGAACCAUUAGAGCGAUUUCCUGAUGACAUAAAUCCCAUCACAGGGGAAAUUGGGGGUCCUCGCGGGCCGGAACCAACUCGUUACGGGGACUGGGAACGCAAAGGCAGAGUCACAGAUUUCUGAAUUCUGAUCAGCUGCACUGAUCUGUCAACAGUAUUGAAAUAUUUUGGUUUUGAUCAGAAUGAAUGAUUGCUCCAACUAGUCACACUGGGAUUUAUGUGGACUAUGGAUAUACUUAAUGAUCCUUUGUGUCUCCAGGAGGCGGUAGCUCUGUGAAGUUAGCAUUCAUUCAGCUUUAGCACAACUGCAGUUACACCAAGUUACAAAAGUACCCAUGUCAGAACUGAUGGCAUUAUGAAUUUGUGAAUGUUUCACACGGUUAUACAAUAAUGGGAAUGGUGAUGUAAUCAUGGUAGAAACACCAUCAUGUGUGCAUAUGUAAAACUGUACAUUUACUGCUAAUAAAGAAAA